AUGCCGCGCGAGAUCAUCACGCUGCAGGCGGGCCAAUGCGGCAACCAGAUCGGCAUGGAGUUCUGGAAACAGCUGUGCGUGGAGCACGGCAUCUCCGCCGACGGCAUCGUGCAGGACUUUGCCACGUCGGGCCACGACCGCAAGGACGUGUUCUUCUACCAGGCGGACGACGAGCACUACAUUCCGCGCGCGCUGCUCAUGGACCUCGAGCCGCGUGUGAUCAACAGUAUCAGUACUUCUGCCUUCAAGAACUUAUACAAUCCCGAGAACUUUUUCGUAUCGAAAGAAGGAGGUGGGGCAGGGAACAAUUGGGCGUCCGGCUACCAUCAAGGCGAGAGUCAUCACGACCAGCUGAUGGAGAUGAUUGACCGAGAAGCUGACGGAUCCGACAGUCUCGAAGGGUUCGUCUUGUGCCACUCCAUUGCUGGCGGAACGGGCUCGGGAAUGGGGUCGUACUUGCUGGAAAACUUGAACGACCACUUUCCCAAGAAACUGAUUCAGACGUACUCGGUGUUUCCGAAUCAGUCGGACUUUCAGAGCGACGUCGUGGUGCAGCCAUACAACUCACUGCUGACGAUGAAGAGACUGGUGCUGAAUGCCGACUCGGUCGUGGUGCUGGACAACACGGCGCUGAACCGGAUUGCCGUGGAGAGGCUGAGAGUCGAGAACCCGACAGUGUCUCAACUGAACUCUCUCGUGUCGACCGUCAUGGCAGCGAGUACCACGACUUUGCGGUAUCCCGGCUACAUGAACAACGACCUCAUUGGACUUGUGGCAUCGUUGAUUCCCACUCCACGCUGUCAUUUCUUGAUGACGGGGUACACUCCGUUGACGAUCGACGCACAGGUCUCUGCAGUGAGGAAGACGACAGUGCUGGACGUCAUGCGACGCCUCUUGCAACCGAAAAAUAUCAUGGUGAGCACGUCGACAAAGACGGGGUGCUACAUCUCCAUUUUGAACAUCAUCCAGGGCGACGUGGACCCUACACAAGUGCACAAGUCAUUGCAGCGCAUUCGUGAACGGAAGCUGGUGCGAUUCAUUCCGUGGGGACCGGCAUCGAUCCAAGUGGCGCUAUCACGCAAGUCGCCGUACAUGGAAACGGCGCACAAGGUCAAUGGUCUCAUGCUGGCCAACCACACGAGCAUUGGGGCACUUUUCCACAAGUUGCUGCUCCAAUACGACCGAUUGAAAAAACACGGCGCUUUCAUUGAGAAUUACCGGAAGGAACCCAUGUUUGCGGAGAACUUGGACGAGUUUGAUAGCGCACGCGAGGUCGUGCAGAACCUGGUGGACGAGUACAAGGCCAGCGAACGCGCAGACUACGCGACGUGGGGACAGCCGCCCUCGCAAGCUGCUACUAGCACAGCGGACGACGUACGUAUGUCGUAG